CAUGACUUUAGUACUUUAACAUUGCUGUAGUAUUAUUUCCACACAAAAAAGCAAAAUAGUCAAAUCAUGGGUCUACUUAUCCAAGAGAAAAAGUAAAACCAGAGAAACACUACACUACACCACCUUCUUCUCUGCUUUUCAGAACCUAUAAUUUUCAACAAAACCCAAAAUCACUUUCUCCCUCAAAAAGCUCAUCUUUUUCAACCCAUCACCAUCUCCUUCAACUUCAACACAAAUAAUCUCAUCUCUCUCUCUCUCAAAACCACUUUUCCUUUUUCUUUAUCUUCUCCCAAAAAUCAAAAUGCAAUCAUUCACAUGCUUUCUUUUCAUCACCUCACUCCUUCUUCUACUUCCACUCUUCACUCAUGCCGGUUUACUCUCCCAACCAGUCGAACCGGGUUCAUACCCAUCCUCCAACACAGUCCCCGCAUUCCCGGUUCAAACCCAAACCCAAAUCUGCAAACUCGACCUCUCCAACGAGCUCUUCGGCGGCGUAAAAGCCGCAUGCGGCAAAAACCUAGACCGCAGUCGUUGCUGUCCAGUUCUUGCCGCAUGGCUUUUCGCCGCCCACGCUCGUUCGGCUCUUGAAAUAACACCCGACGGAGCCGGAGCAAAUGCUUCGGCUCCAUCAACAGGAGAACAACAACAACUUCCUAUGAUGCCUGAUGACUCACAGAAAUGCGUAAAUUCCUUACAAGACUCACUUAUGAGUCGAAAUAUUCGAAUCCCUCAACCUAAUGCAACGUGUGAUGCGAUUCUAUGUUUUUGUGGUAUUAGGUUACAUCAAAUUAGCUCGUUGUCUUGUUCUGCUGCGUUUAAUGUUUCGGGUUCGCAUAAAAAUAUUGCAACUCCAACUGUUGCUGUUCGUAACUUGGAAAAUAAUUGUCGAAAUGCUUCUUAUCAGGGUUGCACUAAAUGUCUCUCUGCCCUACAAAAGGUGAAGAGUUACAAGAACGCUACAAAGGGUGCUAGUGAAAGAGUUAAGAAAAUGUUUAACAGAGAUUGUGAACUAAUGGGUUUAACAUGGUUACUAGCAAAGAACAAAACGACAUACAUACCCACCGUUUCAGCAGUUUUACGUGCAAUGAUGUAUAGUGCACACCCACAUGAAUCAAAGUGUAGUCCUGAUCAAGAAAACAUGCCAUUAGCCGUUGAUUCACUUCAAUUUGAAACUGCUCAUGCUUCAUCUUGGCCGUCCAAAUUAUGGGCUACUAUAUUAACUUUAAUAAUGUUAUUUUGUUCUUUUGUUUAAAAAGGUUGUAACUGUUUAGUUGAAAUUUUUGGGUUAUCAGUGCCAUGCUAUUCUUCUCUCUCUUUUUUUGUCACUUUUUUGGCCUAAUUCUUGGAUGCUUGUGUCACGUGAAGAAGUUAGGCUAGUGGACAAAAUCAGCAGUGGAAGAUGUUUUCUAUUUUGCCUUGUAAAUUACAAGAUAAUGGGUAUUCAACUAUUCAUGUUUGGUAUUAA